AUGGAGUCGGAUCAAAGUGGCCUACGGUACUUGCAAAUGCAGCAGCAGGAGCCAGCAGCACCAUCGAUGGUGACACAAUUCUUCUCGUUCACUCCAGGUGUAGCCCCUGAGUCGACUCGCAUUUUCGACGAGUUACCUAAAGCAUCCAUCGUUUCCGUCUCUAGACCCGACGCCGGCGAUAUCAGCCCCAUGCUUUUGUCUUACACCAUCGAAUUCCGAUACAAACAUUUUAAGUGGCGGUUAUUGAAGAAGGCUUCGCACGUUUUUUACUUGCACUUUGCUUUGAAGAAGCGGCUGUUUAUCGAAGAAAUUCACGAGAAGCAAGAACAGGUUAAAGAAUGGCUUCAAAAUCUAGGAGUAGGAGACCAAGUACAUACGCCGGUUCUGCACGAAGAUGAUGAACCGGAUGAAGAUUCUAAUUCAUUACAUCAUGAUGAAAGUGUGAGAAACAGAGAUGUUCCGUCAAGUGCUGCUCUUCCGGUUAUUACACCAGCCUUGGGAUGGCAGUCUUCUAUCUCUGAUAGAGCAAAGGUUGCAAUGCAGAAAUAUUUGAAUAACUUUCUUGGAAAUUUGGACAUUGUUAACUCUAGAGAGGUUUGCAGAUUUUUGGAGGUUUCAUCGUUGUCGUUUUUACCAGAAUAUGGCCCUAAGCUAAAGGAAGAGUAUGUAAUGGUGAAACAUCUACCAAAAAUUGCCAGGAAUGAUGACUCUGAUAGAUGUUGUGCAUGCCCUUGGUUCAAUUGUUGUAAUGACAACUGGCAAAAGGUGUGGGCUGUACUAAAACCUGGAUUCUUGGCCUUUCUGGAAGAUCCUUUUGAUAAUAAACCUUCAGAUAUAAUUGUUUUCGAUGUACUACCUACCUCAGAUGGUAACGGUGAGGGCUGGAUAUCACUAGCAGCAGAAGUGAGGGAACGUAAUCCUUUACGCCAUGCCUUUAAGGUCACAUGUGGAGUCCGGAGCAUAAGGAUAAGAACCAAGAGUAGUGCUAGAGUUAAAGACUGGGUUGCUGCAAUUAAUGAUGCCGGUCUUAGGCCUCCAGAGGGCUGGUGCCAUCCUCAUCGUUUUGGCUCUUUUGCUCCUCCAAGGGGUUUGACAGAUGAUGGUAGUCAGGCUCAGUGGUUUGUAGAUGGUCGUGUAGCGUUUAAUGCUAUAGCUUCGUCAAUUGAGGAUGCUAAAUCAGAGAUAUUUAUGUGUGGAUGGUGGCUUUGCCCAGAAUUGUAUCUACGCCGUCCUUUCCGUGAGCAUGCAUCUUCCAGGCUCGAUGCUUUGCUGGAAGCCAAAGCAAAGGAAGGGGUUCAGAUACACAUCCUUCUUUACAAAGAACUUGCUCUUGCCUUGAAAAUCAACAGUGUCUAUUGCAAGAAAAAGCUUCUUAGCAUUCACGAGAAUGUGAGGGUAUUGCGUUAUCCUGACCACUUCUCUGCCGGUGUCUAUCUAUGGUCCCACCAUGAAAAACUUGUAAUUGUUGAUAACCAAAUUUGUUUUAUUGGAGGACUUGAUUUAUGCUUUGGUCGCUAUGACACAUUUGAACACAAAGUGAGCGAUAAUCCUCCCGUAAUAUGGCCUGGAAAAGACUAUUAUAAUCCUAGGGAAUCUGAACCGAAUUCAUGGGAAGAUACAAUGAAAGAUGAGUUGGAUCGUGGAAAAUAUCCUCGAAUGCCUUGGCAUGAUGUACAUUGUGCACUCUGGGGACCACCUUGUCGUGACGUAGCACGACAUUUUGUUCAGCGCUGGAACUAUGCCAAGAGAAAUAAAGCUCCAUAUGAGAAAGCAAUUCCACUACUUAUGCCUCAGCAGCAUAUGGUGAUUCCACAUUAUAUGGGAAGAAGCAACGAGAUUACUGAGGACAGUAGUAGUCAUACAGGCCGCGGACAUGAUUCCUUUUCUUCUAUGUCAUCUUUACAAGAUAUUCCUCUACUUUUGCCUCAAGAGGCUGAUUGUAGUUCAUUUCCAAAAUCAAACGAGCCAGACUCUACUGCUGGUAAAAGUACUUAUUUUCCUUUCCGAAAGUCCAAAAUAGAACCAGUUGCAGACACACCCAUGACAAGCUUUGUUGAUGACCUUGGCUCCCCGGAUAUUAAUAUGGAAAAACCUGUGGAUUUAAAAAAGCAACCUGGAAGCAAACUUAUAGACCCUGAGUGGUGGGAAACACAGGAAAAGGGUGAUCAAGUUGAUGUCGAUGAUAAAACUGGACAGGUUGGUCCGCGAACUUCAUGUCAUUGUCAGAUCAUAAGGAGUGUCAGUCAGUGGUCUGCUGGAACCAGCCAAAUAGAAAAGAGCAUACACUGUGCUUAUUGCUCCCUCAUUGAGAAAGCAGAACACUUUGUUUAUAUAGAGAACCAAUUUUUCAUAUCAGGACUCGCAGGAGAUGAAAUUAUCAAGAAUCGAGUCUUGGAAGUAUUAUACUGGCGUAUUUUACGAGCACACAGUGAAAACAAGUGUUUCAGGGUUAUCAUUAUCAUACCCCUGCUUCCUGGUUUCCAGGGAGGUCUUGAUGAUGCUGGUGCAGCAUCAGUGAGAGCCAUAAUGCAUUGGCAGUAUCGAACCAUUCGUAGAGGCCAUAAUUCGAUAUUGCAUAAUCUUUAUGAUCGCAUUGGUCAUAAAACUCAUGAUUACAUAUCCUUCUAUGGUCUUAGAUCAUACGGCAAACUUUUUGAUGGUGGCCCUGUGGCUACCAGUCCGAUAUAUGUUCAUAGUAAAAUCAUGUUAAUUGAUGACUCGGCGGCCAUAAUCGGAUCCGCUAAUAUUAACGAUAGAAGUUUACUUGGAUCAAGAGAUUCAGAGAUCGGUGUGCUUAUCGAAGACAAAGAAUUAGUUGAUUCACGGAUGGGAGGAAAUCCAUGGAAGGCUGGAAAAUUUGUUUUGAGUCUUCGCCUUUCGUUGUGGUCUGAACAUCUUGGUCUUCGGAAAGGAGAGGUAAAUCAAAUAAUCGACCCCAUUUGUGAUUCGAGUUAUAAGGAUAUAUGGGUUGCGACGGCAAUGUUGAAUACAAACAUAUACCAGGAGGUCUUUUCAUGUGUCCCGACCGACCUCAUCCAUUCCCGGCUUGCACUUAGACAAACCCUCAGGGAAAGACAGUCUCACACUACAAGCGAUUUAGGAAUAGCCCCGGCGAAAUCGGAAUCGUCCCAGGCCGGAGAAAUCGAAAAAGCCGAUCCAACCGAUCGAUUAAAAUUGGUUCGAGGACAUCUUGUUUGUUUCCCCAUGGAUUUCAUGUGCAGAGAAGAUUUAAGACCAGUGUUCAAUGAGAGUGAGUAUUAUGCAUCUCCUCAAGUUUUUCAUUGA